CCCUAAACCCUCUCUCGACCAUCUGACCUCUCCGCCGCCGUCGACCCAACCACCGCUCUGGCCCCAGCGUCCACCCACCCGCCGCCGGGCGCGCCAUUCAUGGCGUCCGCGUUCAACCCGGUUGCAGGGGCGUCCUCGUCCCACUCCCACCCCUCCUCAGGUAAUCUGCCUACUCAACUGGUUAAUCCCAUGGGAAUUGAGGGAACUAUCAAGCGAUUAAUCCCGCAGUCCUCGUAAUGCCCUGAUUCAGUGGAUCCUCAUCUUCCCACCGGCCACCGCUCGGAUUGGAGCUUAUACUUGAUUGCCAGCAUAAAAGAUUGGGAUGAACUUGGCUGCAUCAGGCUUGUUCCCGUAUGGGAACGGCAACAGUGUGUAUCUGAACUGCAAACAGUUCCAAUUUCCCUGGAUCUCUCAGAUGCUUUCUUGCUGUUUCUGCAAAGAAAUUGUUCUGAAAAAAAUUGAGUUCAAGCUUUCAGAUGAAAAUAGUGCACCAGGAUGUUCAGUGAGAUUAUCUCUGGAUUGUUUCAAAGCAGAAGGAAGUGUCACUUUGUAUACUGUCAAGGAUGUCAGAGAGUGGGAGAUGCUUACGCUGUAUACACUGGAGGUUCCUUCUAACCAUGAUCUUGAAAUGAUUAUGGUUCAUACUGGAGCACAUACUGUCAAGCCUCUUUCUGUUCAGAGUUUUGCUGGCAGUGUGAUAACAUUUGAAAGCUACAUUGCAAGCAGUCAUCUGCGGAACAAGCUGUGGAGUUUCAUUAGACAACUUUCACCAUCUGAUCUCAUAGCAAACUUAGGCAGUAAGACAGUGCAUAAGUGCACUUGUGCUGAUACAAGGUAUGCCCUAAAGAGGAGCGAGAAGAAGAACCUGGUUGAGGAACCAACUGAAGAGGUCAACACGCUAGUUAUGAUGAGGAAACGGAUCAACAACCUACAGCUUUUUGCAGCAUGGGUUGAGUUUCAGCCGGGCAACAGCUAUUGCGAGGAUAUUCAUUCCGUCUGUAUUCUGACACAAUUGCUUUCAAGAUCAAUGGAAAAUUUACUGGAGUCUGAAGAUACUACUGACAGACAGAGAGCAGACUUCUUUUUCAAACAAAUAGUUCUUGGGGUGAGUGAAAUUCACGACGAAGGUUUCAUGCAUAGAGAUUUGAAACCAGCCAACAUUACAAUCAAUGAUGAUAGUUUGGAGGUAUCAAUUAUUGAUUUUGAAACAGCCUGUCAGAAGCCACCAAAAGGACAAUUCAUCCGUGACGUAGCUGUGGGCACUAAGGGAUACUGUGACCCGAUUACGACCACGUACAUUAAUAGAGAAUACAAUGAGCUGGUGGACAUAUAUAGCUUAGGAAUGAUAUAUUUUCUCUUGGGUAUUGAAGAUGCUUCAAAAAGGAGGAGCUUACACAGCAAGUUUGUUACCAAACUUAUAUACAAUGACAGGCAACGGAUACCCACCAGUGCCUUGGCCAACCAUUGGCUCCUUGCUCAAUGGAAAGGGAAUGUAGCUUUACUCCUUGACAUGAUGCGUUCAGAUUUUUGGAACAGGCCUACACCGCAAGAUAUUUUGUUAAGACUGACUGACAAUGAGACCAGUGAACAUCCAGAGAGAGCAGAUCGUCUUUGGUUACAGGGCAAAAUACAGGGGUGAGUGGGCGACAACGACCUUCAGCACCAGCGCACUCACUAUGCUCAAGCGAAGAGUCUGCGGUUCCCUCUCCUCGAAAAGCUAGGAUAACUUUUCUCCAACUCCAAUCGCAGUCGCGCGUCUUCUUUCUGGACCAUGCUCCACCAUGCACGACUUUGGAGCAUGCACGACUUUGGAGCAUCUCCUGGAGGCUGGAGCCCUGGACACCGAUUCUCUAGAAAUUUGGUGCCUUGGACCGUGUGAUGUAACUUGAAAACCCUAUAAGGGCAUGUUCAACCAUGAUAGAUAAGGGGUUGUCUGUAUAUUAUUGGAAUCCACAACACAACCAUCUUGUUGCUUGUGACUUGUGAGACACAGAACGACAACAAUAGGAUCAAAGUAAAGGAACAAUGAUAAAUCUACUUGGUAGCAAAUUCUCACA